GUUCCAACAGACAUGAGAACCAUUCCAGAACCAGGAAUUUCCAGUUGCCCACCUAUUUUUCAACAAGUUGAACGUUUAUCUAAUUGAUAACCUGGAAAUUACCGUUCUAGACUAGAACGGCUCUCGCUUGGUCGCUUGUGAGUUAUGUUGGAACAGAGCUAUAGCAAACUACUGUAAAUCAACAGUUAACAGCCCUCGGAGUUGGAACAGACCGGUCUAAUUUUGUGGUCUCUGAAAUGAAUCAUAAAAUUUGACAAGAAAAAUAAAUGGAAAAAUUGGAUGUCAGUUGUGGGUUUUCGAACGCACCCAAUAAAGGCGAGUCUCCACAUUGGCGUAACGGAUCACGUGAAUACAUUUUUGCGAUUUGAUUGGUGGAAGCUCAGCCAUCUUGAAUUUUUGCUACGCUAAAAAGUUAGAUACUCAUGUUGAACUUUUUUUGAUUUGUAUAUUUUUUGUGGUUCUGUUUAUUUGAAUUGAAUCAAGUAUUGAUUGCCUAGUUGAGAACAAGUCUGAACGAAAAUUAAAACAUGGCCGAGCCAUUCAAAAGAGAUUUUGUUGAAUUUGAAAAAGCUUUUCGAGAGCUUAAAACUGAACUUCAUAUGAAACGAAGUGAAGUAACAAAACUUAAAUCAGAACUCGAAGACGCCCACAAUGAAAUACACAAUUACAAACAAUCCUUGGACAAGGAAAAAAAAUCAUCGGAAGACAAUAAAAUCACAAUGGCUAUGUUUAUGAAGAGAACCCAGGAUUACGAAUCGAAGUUUUUUGAAAAAAGAGACGCCUUGGCGAGAUUGGAUUUACAACAUAAAAUGGAGUGUUCGAAAAAUACCGAGCUGACAGAAGAUCUCCGAAAAAUUGCCUUUGAAAAAUUACAACUGGUAAGGAAAAUUGUUGCACUCGAAGAGCAACGAAAACGCGAUAUGUUGUAUACUAAUGAUAUUACUCAGCAUUGUAUGCAAGUUAAAAAUAUGAUGGAAACUCUACAAAGCGAUAUAGGAAAAGUCAAUGAAGAUCAUGAAACUCUUCAUUGCUUAAUUCAACAAGUCGAUUCGAUGCAAGAAAGUGCUCAAACGUGUCAAGGAUUGUCAGAUUCCAUUGCAAUUCUAAAAAGUGAAAUGAAAACUUUUGAGGAAGAAAGUGUAAAAUACAAAGCAAAAAGCGAAUUGCUCGAGUCAUUGAUUUCGGACAACGUAGGCCUACAGGACCAAGAAAAUUUAGAAGCCAAAGUCAUAUUGAACCAGUACAAAAAAAUGAUUGCCCAUAACAAGCAGAUAAUAGAAAUUAAAAACGAAAUGAUUAAAACUUUAAAUAGCAACUUGAACCAGGAGAAGAAAAUAAAUAUUAAACUUAUCUUGGAUAAUGAUAGGAUGAAUGAGCAGAUUUUGAAUUUGCAGAAAAAAAGUAACGAACUGAGAGCAAAGAUUGGCGAAACCAUUCAAAUAGCAGAACCGACACAGCCAGUGCAAAAUACCCUACUUGAAGCUUCUGUUGCGCGUAUUAAAAUUGAAUCAGAUAUAAUUAUUGAAAUAGAAGAUAGUCCUCGUCAUGUUUAAAU